AGUUCCGUAGGAGAAGGUCGGAUUUGUUUGCACUUCAAAUGACGCGCCGCCAAGUGUAAUGUAAAGUGAAACACAGCCCAAUGGAGCGAUAGGGUGAGGCGGUUUUAGUUUGUGUGAAGAAGUGAUCAUGUUGGCAUCAUUGCAUUUUUCUGAAAUCAGGAAGAUAAGAAAGAAGCUCCGGCAGAUAGAAGCUCUGGAGGUUUUGCACCGCGAGCUGAACAGCGAGGAAGCGGAAAAACUAACUCAUAAAGCACAUCUCCGUGCCCAGUUGGCUGAGCUGCUGGCACAGCAACAAAGAAUUGUUGACAAAGAACCAUCCAAGGAAGAACAAACAGAGCAACUCGGUUUUCAGGAGAAACAAUCCGAAGACACCACUCAGGAGCCAAUGAAGAGAAUAUACAAUGACAGCAGCUCUGGUACGUCAGAAGAUAAGACUUCUUCCCCAGAGUCUAGACUCGCCCAAGACCUGCCAGCAAAACAGGCAAAAUUGAAUUAUUCAUGUGAAAAGCAAAGCUCAACAAGUUCAUUUAAGCCAAAAGAUGGACCAUCUGAUUUUGGAUUUGCCUCUCUCAAAAGGGCCUGGGAAGCAACACAGUUUCGUAUGAGGCUAUUGAAAGGUCACAAUGACAUUAUUACCUGUGUUGGUGUUUCAGAUAAUUAUGUGAUCUCUGGAAGCCGUGACACAACUCUAAAAGUAUGGCAUGUGCCCACUAUGUCAGAAGAGAAAAAUUUAGGGGGACAUACUGGAGGGGUUACCUGCCUUACAGUUUUACCCAAGGAUUAUUGCAGAAUACUAGCAAACUCCCUAGAUAUGAACUCAACAGAGAAAUUUGUGGUUAGUGGUUCAGUAGACUGUUCACUGCUCGUCUGGGCUUUAAGCACAGGUCAUUCUGUACAAAGUAUAUACACUUUCAGUGCUGUUUCAGCUCUGUGUUUCCUGCCUCACAAGGAAAUGAUUGCAAGUGGCUCAGAUGGAGGAAAAAUUGAUGUCUGGGAUUUGAUAUCUAAAGACCACAUACAGUCCUUAAGAGCACAUGAUGAUUUAGUAUCUACCCUGCAGCCACAUGGUCCUUUGCUGUUUACUGGAUCAUGGGAUGGUUCAGUGAAGGUGUGGGAGUGUGAGGGAGAAUCUGCAAGAAGUAUUCCCUUGAGACACUUAAGGACCUGUGACAUAUUCGGUCAUCUGGUUUCUGUUCGUAGUCUUAGUGCCCGGGGGGAGAUUGUCUAUGUGGGUACAAAUCGGGCUAGCAUUCAGGUUCUACAAUGGAAAACAGGUGCUAUCUCCAAGCUAACUAAUCACAGUACAGAGUCAGGAGUCACUGACUGUGUAUGCCAAACUAGAGAUGGCCUACUGCUAUCUAGUGGUUUUGAUCUGGAUACUGGUUCAAGCUUUCUGAAUCUUCGUAGUCUUCCUGAUGACAGUUACUUGGCAACACUGUGUUGGCCUACCGCCUCCAGAAUCCUUUGUGUUGCAACAUGGCUCACUUCUAGUGGGGGACACCGCUGGAUAACUGGAGGCGAGGAACUAAUUGUGUGGGAGCAGCUUCCUGCCAAUACCAAGGACAAGUCAGAUGUAACUGUGACUAGAAUGUCUUCAUUGGAUCACAAGCCUGUGGAUACAGGUUCUGAGGGGGAAACUGAAUUAUCCAAUGAUGAGGAAGAUGUAGAAGAAGAAGAGGAUAACUUCCAGGUUGAACAAGAUGGUUCCAGAAGUUACUGUAUUUUAUUGUGAAGAAUAUAAUGAAGACUUUUGAACAUUUUAGCCACUAUGUAUUAACUAACCAGUUACACUGUGAAUAGCAUAAUACUAUACCCAGAUAUAUAUGCUGUAAGUUUUAACUUUUAAAUAAAACAUUGUUACAGAGGCUGACUCAGAAACGGAGAAAUAUCUGUAAGUACUGAACAGACAUGCAACCAGUUUUAGCUAUAUUAAUCAUUUUUGACCUUAAACAGAAUAUUGAUAAGCUUCAGCAAGCUCCAUAAUUCUUCUUGACAUUGCAGAAUGAUAUAUUUUUUGCAUUGUUUUCACUAGUUUGACACAUUAGUAGAACACACUUAAGUGUUCAAAAAGUACAUUGCAUGUCCCAUCAUCUUGUCAUUUGUAGAUGAUUUGGUAUUCUAACUCAAUAAAAUCACUGUUUUACAGUU